UUUCAUUUUCAUUUGCUAGCUUUGCUCACGCGAUACCUACAAGAUUUGUCGUACACGGAAAUUUAGAUAAAAUCGUAAAAGUUUAGUCGUAAAAUCAGUUCAGUGGUACGGUUUAAUACAUUAAGUUUCUCGUGACAUAUCAGUGGUGCGCAAACAAACAGUAAUUUUUAGUUAAUUUGUACUUGAAACGUGUAGUGCUGUAAGUUUACGUCGAAAAUGAAUAUAAUUUCAAGAACACCAAAAACUACACCUAUAACGGAUGAUUACGAUAUCUCCAACACGGUUCUCGGCCUUGGCAUUAACGGAAAAGUUGUAGAAUGUCACGAGAAAACUACAGGCAUGAAGCGAGCGCUGAAAGUGCUACACGAUAGCCCUAAAGCGCGGCGAGAGGUUGAACUACACUGGCGAGCUAGUGGCUGCAUACAUAUUGUUGAGAUAAUCGACGUAUACGACAACACAUACGGCGGCAAGCGCUGCCUGCUCGUGGUGAUGGAGUGCAUGGACGGCGGGGAGCUAUUCCAGAGGAUACAGGAUAACAGGGAGGGCGCCUUCACGGAGAGGCAGGCUGCUGAGAUAAUGCACUCAAUAUGCGUGGCAGUCCGUCACCUUCACGACUCGAACAUCGCACACCGAGACAUAAAGCCAGAGAAUCUACUGUAUACUAGCAUGCAGCCCAACGCGACGCUCAAAUUGACUGACUUCGGCUUCGCUAAGGAGACCCUCACGCCCGCUGACACACUGCAGACCCCUUGCUACACGCCGUACUAUGUUGCGCCUGAGGUGCUUGGCCCCGAUAAAUAUGACAAAUCGUGUGACAUAUGGUCGGUGGGAGUCGUGAUGUACAUACUGCUCUGUGGCUUCCCGCCCUUCUACUCCAACCACGGGCUGGCGAUAUCGCCGGGCAUGAAAAAGCGCAUAAGGUUAGGCCAGUAUGAUUUCCCUGAGCCAGAAUGGUCGAAUGUAUCCUCUGAAGCUAAAAACCUGAUCCGUGGUAUGCUGUCUGUUGAUCCCGUGAAACGUUUGACUAUACACCAGGUAAUGGCGAGCCCGUGGAUCCGCCAGUACACGCAGGUGCCGCAGACGCCGCUGUACACGGACACGCUGCUGCGCGACGCGGGCGACGCGUGGGCGGACGUGCAGGACGAGAUGACGCGCUCGCUCGCCACCAUGCGUGUCGACUACGACCAGGUCCAAAUCAAAGCGCUAGAGCAAAGCAACAAUUCGCUUCUCAACAAACGUCGGAACAAAGUGGGUGCCUGAGACAAGAUGAAUAGUACUUAGAGUUAUAACUUACCAAGCUCACAAACAUUUUGUUAAGGUCAUAUUUCCACUAACAGCUAAGGCGCCAAAGCUAACUAAGUGAUGCAAUGGACUAUAUAAAAAAUGCAAAUGAAAGCUAACUAUCACUUUUGAUAUUAAUGAAAAAUAAAAUGAUAAAAGUAACUCAUUUAAAAAAAUAUUUUCUUUUUUCUAAUUGAUGCUUCUAAUAUAGAUUAGUCAUGAAAACGAAGCAAACAUAUUGUCCUCUAACUGCAGCCUCGCACCGUAGUGGUUAGUGGCCUUAAUAAUUUUUGUGUAGUUUCAUUACUUACGAUACUUUGUAAGUAUUGCCAAUAUUUUAGGGCCAUAGCACACACGAUACUUUUAAAGCGGUCGUAUUUUGAAGAUAAAUCGGUAUUAUGUAUAUUCAUAGAUUACCUGAUUCAAAAUAGAAUCCUUAAAGUAGCAAGGGAUUCAACAGUGCAACAAGCAUGAAUAUUAUUGUGCAACUAAUUCGCUGGAGCAGUUAGAAAUGCCUUGUUUUUUCAAGCAUUUAAAAGAUUCAAAAAUCAAUAAUUCAGAAAUGUAAUCCUUGCGUAGCGAGGGAUUCAACUGCGUGAAAUGCAAAUGACAAUGCAUAAAAUUUUAAUACAGUAAAGAAAAUACCAUGAUGAAUAUACGAAACAAGAAUCGCGUGUGCAAUUGUCCUAAUUAACGUUUAAUUUAAUGCAACUUUACUUAUAUUUUUACAUACAAUAUACAGUACACGACAAUUAAAAUUACACAGGUUUUGAAAAAUGGUAUAAUCUGCUAGCUUCAUGUAUUUCAACAUUGUUUCUUUCAAAUUCAAUAAUUAAUGAUCAUCAGCUGCCUAUUGCGUACUACUAAAGUCAGCCAUUGACGGACAAUAUUGUAUUAUACAAUACACGAUUAGUUAUAGUCGUGGGUUCUGUAGAAACGUGAGAAUAAUUGAUCGUCAAUGGCGUGCAUUAUGGCAGAGUGAUUUUGUGAGUUCUAUCCCAUGACGCUUUUCCAGUUAUUUGAAUAAAAAAACGGAUAAUUUUAAAUGAAGUGUACUGUACUGUAACAUUUUUAUAUUUAGUGUAAUUAAUAUAAAUACGUGCAAUAAGUACAGAUAAUAAACGCUAAAUGCACGGAUAAAUGUAUUUGUGUAUAAAGGCUGGAGCAUAUCUGGCUCGAAGCAGCGUUGCGUCCGCCAGAUGUGAACCGACCCUAACACAUGUGGCCAUUACGAGUAUGUCAUCACACCAUCAUUUAUGACAAGAAUUAGUAGCUUAAUUAAUUGUAUUUGCAAUGGUAUUGUUAUCUUGUUGCGGUUUUUUGAAAAACCCGGAAUAGAGAUUUUGAAGGAAAAAUUUGACCCAAAUUGUCUAACCAGAGAUAAUGAACGAAGAUUGCUCUUUUGAUUAAUAGAUAUAAACCAAAAUCGAGUUCGUUACACUAAAUAUUCAAUUUAUAAAUAAAUACAUUGGAAAAAUUAUAAAAGUUGUAAAGAAAAAAAUAAAUUAGUUUGGGACGUUUUUUACUUUCUAUGCAUACCAUCACACGUAGACAGACAAGUAAUUAGACAACUGAUUGGAGUGUUGUUGUAAGACAAAUUUGACAUCCCGACACACCAAGCAUUUUUUCGACAAUAUAUUUCAUUGUUACUCUUUAUUUGCUACAAGUUGAGGCUGUGAAUACGUUUAUUUUGUAUAUUUUUUUUAUAAAAGCGUUAAACCUUUUCAAAUGAAAAUAAUUGCUAAAACAUGGUUGAAAACGGCACGCGUCAUGACACCAAAUAUCGAAUCGUCUUGUCUCGUUAUUGUUUACCGAGUCCACAGUUGUUCUCUUUUUUCUAUCCGUCUAUUUACUUCUUUGUCUACGAAUAGACCGAUUGAUAUUGACAAAUUCAAAAUUUCCAUUUUUUGACGUCAAUUAUGUAAAGUAUGACUGACAAACAUAUUCAAUCGCAUAAAGUGCCACUUUUAUCUAUGGUAUCUAUGGCCACAAACUUUUCACGCCAAAACUGGAACUAACGUCGCGGCGGUCGCCAUUUUGCAUAACAUUAAACUAAAAGCGCAACAACAUUGACACCCUCUGCCCUCACCAGGCCAUUAAGUUUGUGGCACUCUACACAUAUAAUUUAACGAUAAUAAUAUGUAAAUUGACAUAAGUCUCAUUUCCAUGUACUUGUAAAUAAUUAAUAAUGAUACUGAUUUCAGUAGCAUUAUGAUAUAAUGAGAAAUAUUUAUAAAUUUAAAAAGUCCAUAUGGGAGAACUAAAUGUCCCGCACUAGAUAUAGUUAGAUAUAAUCUAUAUCUCUGUAACUAGAUAGACUGUAGUUUUAGAAAAAAGAAAAAAAGUAUUUACAAAAAUUUUGGCUUGAUCAGUGAGAUGUUAUUACCUCUUGAAAAACUUAUCCAGAUAAAAUUAUUAAAAGAACAAUAUGUAAAUGUUAAAUAUAAUGUGUACCUAAAGAUAAUUAAAAUCCUAACAUUAUUUACCAAUAGUAAACAAUCAUAACUGUCGUUUUUAUUUUCUUUUUUGUCGUUUAAUCCACAACAACCUAAACUUGAUGACCAUGCUUUAGACCUUAUCGAUUCUAUUCCCACAAAUAUUAACAUUUGGAAAACUGAAAAAAAAUAUGGGAAAGUCAUUCGUAAUCGAUAAGUUACGUGAUCAAUCUACUAAUCGGAUACUACUACAUUCUCGUAUUUUUUUUUAGUUUUCGAAGCGGUAGCGUUUGCGGGAUGAGAAUCGAUGGAUAACAUGGCUAGAGACCCUGACACACUCUGGGCUAAAACUAAACUAAACUAUGUCUGUUUAAGCUUUGAAAAUUAACUUCUUUGUCAAAAAGGCAGUUUUUAGCAAUAAUUAAGUUAAACAAGUUAAUUGUCAAUAUUUAAUUAACUGUACUGUAGUUGCUCAAAAAUUAUGGCAACCUUAUAAUCAUAAACAAUUUACAUAACAGUUAUGAUUGUUAGCAUUUAAACUUAUCGACAUUAUAACUUACAUUUUAGGCUCUCACAAAACUAAAAAUACUUAAUACUUUAGUCACAAAAAAACAAACUAAGUUUAAGUUAGGGCAAAAUUUAGUAUGUAUAUUUUAUAUGAUUUCACAAAAUUAUCAUGAAAAGUACGUCAUUAAUUUCGAAUUUGUCUAUACUGUAAAACUUUAUAAAUCUGUAUAAAUCAGUUUGUACUGAAACAAUUUACUUUUGCUAAAGUAACGAUGAAAGAGUUUAGGAAUUUAGGAAUAAUUUAAAGAUUAGGAAUUCAGACAUUGAUUUAAUCUUAUUUUUGAGUCAUUUAGAGACAAUCGAAAUUCGACUUUAAAUGUUUUCUCACUAACAUCACAAUUGCUUUAACAAAAAGAAAUAUAUAACUCAAAGUACGCUAAAUACGCGUACUUAAAUCAUUCGUAUCAAAUUAUACACUAGCUUUAAGAGUUAAGUUUUUUGACUAUAAAGAUUGCAUGCUUAGAGGCCUUUUUAUGCCUCUAGUUACACGUCUUUAUGAAUAUUUGACAUCACAUUGCCAUCAUUCUUUAUUAUAUUAGUUUAUAAGUACUUAUUUUUUUAUAGUGUAAGAGCUAACAUCACGUGAAUGGUUGUAGAAACCUGUUUGUUUCGAAAUAUCUUACGAUGCAAAUAAUUGCAUAGAUAUUUACGGUACUCGAGGUGUAUAAGUUGAAUGUUCAUUAGUUUGUAUAAGGUGUGAUUAUGAAAAGUCAUUGGACAUUUCUAAACAAACAUCAGUUCAUAAUAAAAGCAAUGCUAGUUAGUUUAACAAUAAAUAUACGUUUAAAUAUUGUAGAUAAAUAAUAACUUGUUUCAGACUGUUCGUCCACUGAUGCUUUAUAGUUAAAUAAUCAAAUUAUAAUAAAAGAUACAUACAGUUUGGGUAGUUUUAACAUGUUCUUAAUUGACAGACAAGUCUCAAUUAUGGAUAUCUAAUAAGGGUUCCUAGUUGACUACGGAACCCUAAAAUUGGGACUUGUUGCUGAAAAGAAAAUUUAUGAUUUUUUAUCAUGACUUGGAUGUACUACCAUCCAUAUUAAGUAAAUCCACAGACUGUCAAAGUUACCCAAUUUGACAGUAUUUGAAAAGAAUUAAAACUGUUCAAAAUAAAGUAGAUAAUCGCUAGAGAUUCUGUUGACUUAUCAAGCAUUUGGGCUGCAAAGUAUAUUUUAUAUUAAAAGUAAGAAAUGUCAAUAGUUUGCUAACAUUUUUUCAGAAAUUGUGGAAUUGCAUUGUAAUAAAUAGUAUUUAAUGUUACCCGGUAACUUGAGUGAAUUAAAAUUAAUGUAGACAUUA